CCGCACUGUACUGUGGUAGCGUUCCAACCAAGCCAAUAGGAAUUGAUAGAUAGGUGCGAGCCAUCGAUCCGGUGACCGAAAUCUGAGCUUCCAUGGCGACAACGUCGGAAAAGCAAGUUAUGAUGGUGGCUAUCGACGAGAGUGAGCAUAGCGCCUAUGCUCUCAAGUGGACUCUCGAUCACUUCUUCACGCCCACCCCUAAUCCUCUCUUCAAGCUCAUUCUUGUUCACGCCAGACCUUCUGCUAUCUCCGCUGUCGGCCUAGCCGGCCCUGGAGCUAAUAACGUUUUGCCCAUUGUUGAGGCGGAUUUGAAACGAACAGCUGCAAGAGUUGUUGAAAAGGCCAGAGAGCUUUGUAUCAAGAAAUCGGUAAAUGAUGUGGAGGUGGAAGUAAUAGAAGGGGACGCCAGAAAUGUGCUUUGCGAUGCAGUGGACAAGCACCAUGUUUCUAUAUUGGUUGUGGGAAGUCAUGGUUAUGGAGCUAUAAAGAGGGCGGUCUUAGGGAGCGUGAGUGACUAUUGUGCUCAUCACGCUCACUGCACUGUGAUGAUUGUGAAGAAGCCAAAACCCCAGCACUGAUAUGCUUUGGCUGCCUCUAAAUACUAAUCAGCAGAGUGUGUGUGUAGAUAUAUCUAUAUUGAUCAUGGUUUGACAGGGGUAGUAAUAAACGGUUUGCCAAUAUUCUUGGGGAAUUCAGAAGCAUCAUCUGGCAGGCUGCUGCUUUUUUGCAAUUUGACACUGGUAGGAAUUGUUUAUCUAUCAUUGUUGGGAAAUGCUUGUUAUCUGAUGAUAUCAGUAAGCUUUUUCUCUCUCUCGUUUAAGAAAAGACCCAAGCGGAGAGGGUCUUUUUAAGUUUGGGUGGACUAUGUACGAUCCUUUUAUUGCAAUAAAUUGAAUCCUUUUAUUAAGGCGAAAAAAUUGAUCACAGUGUUCCCAGAACAUUCAAAGGUUAUAUAUGUUUGUUCUGUGCUCUAUCGGUUUCAUGUUGAACAGAUAUUGCUAUGUUUUUAGCAAUGUAACUAUAAUUUGUGUGUAAACGUUGACAAGUGCCAAUGUUUUUUCUUUUU